AGAGAGAGAGAGAGAGAGUCUCCUCCAUGUUGUAGGUGAAACUCCUCCUUUUCUCCUCUUCAUAUCAGUUGGAAGUGAAAGUGAAAGUCAGCAGGUUGUUUUAGUGAAGAGUAAAAACAGGAAGUUCUUUGUGGAAUAAAAUCACAGAUCAAGUUCAUGCUAAAAAAUACAUUUGACUUCCUGAAAUAAUGUCAGGGAAAUGUGAGAUAAUCAGACCCUCUGAAAUAAGUCAAGAGGAUCAGGGGAUGAUGAAAAGUGAAACUGCUGAAAGGUCAAAUUCUCCUGUACCCAGCUGUGUGUCAUUGAAGAGUGACCGCUCAGUGCGUACUCUGCUCAACUUCAAAGGUGGAACAUCCUUGAUGAAAAGCUCCAAAUUUCCUGUACCCAGCUGUGUGUCCUAUAAGAGUGACCGGUCAAUGCAUAAUCCUUUCAACUUUAAGGCUGGAACAUCCUCUGGGGAAAGUGAAACUGUGGAAGGAUCUAAUUCUUCUGCACCCAGCUGUGUGGCCUGGAAGAAUGACCACUCAAUGCCAGUUAUCAUCGACUAUAAAAGUAGAACAGCCUCAGUGGAAAGAACCCCCCAAAAGAGCUCAAAAAUCAUCUUCAGAUAUUGGAUGGAUUCAGUAUUCAAGGAGCUGGAGGAGAAAGUCAUCACACUGUUGAAGAAUGAGCUGAACAGGUUCAAGAGGCUACUGAGUCCUGAUUACCCAGCAUGCUCUGAGAGGGAGAAGGUGGAAAAGGAAGAGACAGAUGAGGAGGAUUUGCAUGAUUUUAAAGAGAAUGUAUUGAAGAUCACAGUACACAUCCUACGGAAUAUGAAGCAGGAAGAUCUCGCUCAUCAACUGGAGCUCAAGAUGGCUUCUGUGUAUCAGCGAAAGCUCAAAUCCAGACUAAGAGAUAAAUGUAAAAGAAUUAAUGAAGGAAUCUCACAGCAUGGGACAUCUACACUUCUGAAUCAGAUCUACACAGAGCUCUACGUCACAGAGAGUUGGAGUGGAGACAUCAAUAAUGAACAUGAGGUGAGACAGAUUGAGACAGCGUCCAGGAGACCAGCAAUAGAAGAGACACCCAUCAAAUAUAAUGAGCUCUUUAAAGACAAGUCCAUCAAAACUGUGCUGACUAAAGGAGUAGCUGGAAUUGGAAAAACAGUCUCUGUGCAGAAGUUUAUUCUGGAUUGGACUGAAGGAAAAGCAAAUCAGGACAUCUUCUUCCUGUUUCCCCUUCCCUUUAGAGAGCUGAAUUUGGUGAAACAGGACAAUUUCAGUCUGAUGAAACUUCUUCAUCAGUUUUUCUCAGAAAUUAAGGACCUGGAAGAAAUAGAUGGCAAUGUCUACAAAGUCCUGUUCAUCUUUGAUGGUCUGGAUGAAUGUCGACUUCCUCUAAAUUUCCAGAACAAUGAGAUAUUGUGUGACGCAACAGAGUCAGUCUCACUGGAUAUUCUGCUAACAAACCUCAUCAAGGGGAAUCUGCUUCCCUCUGCUCUCCUCUGGAUAACCACUCGACCAGGAGCAGCCAAUCAGAUCCCUCCUGAGUGUGUAGACCAGGUAACAGAGGUACGAGGGUUCAAUGAUCCUCAGAAAGAGGAGUACUUCAGGAAGAGGCUCAGUGAUGAGAUCCUGGCCAAUAAAAUCAUCACACACAUGAAGUCUUCAAGAAGCCUCUACAUCAUGUGCCACAUCCCAGUCUUCUGCUGGAUCUCAGCUACUGUUCUAGAGAGAAUGUUGGGUGAAGCAGAGAGUGGAGAGAUCCCCAAGACUCUGACUCAAAUGUUCACACACUUCCUGAUCUUUCAGAUCAAACACAAGGAGCAAAAGUACAGUCAGAAAUAUGACCCUGAUCCACAGAAGACCAGAGAGAGUAUCCUGGCUUUGGGAAAACUGGCUUUCCAACAGCUGUAUAAAGGAAACCUGAUGUUCUAUGAGGAAGACCUGAGUGAGUGUGGCAUUGAUGUUGGAGAAGUGGCAGUGUACUCAGGAGUGUGUACCCAGAUCUUCAGAGCAGAGUCUGGACUCCACCUGGGGAAGAUGUUCAGCUUUGUACAUCUGAGUGUUCAGGAGUUUUUGGCUGCAUUAUAUGCGUUUCUCUGCUUCAUUGACAAAAAACAAACAAAAGAACAAACCACUGAUCUGUCUGGUCUUUUCAACACAUCAGAAAUGUCUGAGUUCCUUAAGGGUGCAGUGGACCAGGCCUUACAGUGUGACAAUGGACGCUUAGAUCUUUUCCUCCGUUUCCUUCUGGGCCUCUCAGUGGAGUCUAAUCAGAAGCUCAUUCGAGGUCUACUGACACACACAGGAAGCAGCUCUGACUGCAGAAAGGACAUAGUUGAGUACAUCAAAUUUAACUUUGAACAAACUCCAUCUCCAGAGAGAUUAAUCAAUCUGUUCUACUGUCUGAACGAGUUAAAUGAUGAUUCACUGGUGAAAGAGAUCCAAAGCUACAUGAACUCAGGUCGUCUCUCUGAAGCUGAACUCUCACCUGCUCAGUGGUCUGCUCUGGUCUUUGUUUUGCUGACCUCAGAGGAGGAUCUGGAAGUGUUUGACCUACAGAAGUUCAUAAAGUCAGAUGAAUGCUUUAAGAGACUGUUACAAGUCGCCCAGCAAGCUACAACAGUUCUGCUCAAUAAGUGUAACCUGACAGAGAGAAGCUGCUCGGCUUUACACACAGUUCUCAGCUCAGAAUCCUCCAAGCUGACUGAGGUGGAUCUGAGCAGUAAUCCUCUGGAGGACUCCGGAGUGAAGGAGCUUUGUGCUGGACUGAAGAGUCCAAACUGUAAACUGGAGAAAAUGAGACUUUCAGACUGCAGUAUAACAGAGGAAGGAUACACUGCUCUGGCUGAAGCUCUGAAAUCAUCUCACCUGAUAGAGCUGGAUCUCAGAGGGAACGACCCUGGAGCAUCAGGAGUGAAGCUGCUCACUGAUUUACUACAGGAUCCAGACUGUACACUGAACACACUGAGUCUGUUAAGUCCUGAGGCAGAGGAAGCCUGUUCUGCUUUAACUGAAGUUCUGGGUACAAACCCUUUACUGCAGAGAGAACUGGAUCUGAGUGGGAAAAUAUCUGGAGACUCAGGAGUGAAGCAGCUCUCUGUUCUACUGAAGGAUCCACACUGCAGACCUCAGAGACUCAGGCUGAAUAAGAGCAGUAUUACACACAGAGGCUGUACUGAUCUGAUAUCAGCUCUUACUUCAAACCCUUCACACCUGACAGAACUGGACCUGAGUGAGAACACACUGGGAAAUUCAGUAAUGGAUAAGAUCUCUACUCUACUAAAGAAUUCAUCCUGUAAACUCCAGAAGCUCAUACUUUCAGACUGUAAUAUUAAAGAGGAAGGAUACACUGCUCUGGCUGAAGCUCUGAAAUCAAACCCCUCAUCAUACCUGAUAGAGCUGGACCUCAGAGGGAACGAUCCUGGAGAAUCAGGAAUGAAGCAGCUCAGGAAUUUAAUGAUCGAUCCAGAAUGUAAACUGAAGACACUGAGGGUGUUGAAAAGUCCUGAUGCACAGAAAGCUUCUGAUCAUCUGACUGAAGUUCUGGGUAUAAACCCGAUACUGCAGACGGAUCUGAAUCUGAGUGGGAAAAUAAAAGGAGACUCAGGAGUAGAGCAGCUCUCUGUUUUACUGAAGGAUCCACACUGCAGACCUGAAACACUUCAGCUCAGUGAGUGUAAUCUGACAGAGAAAGGAUGUUCAGCUCUGCUCACAGCUCUCAGAUCAGAACACUCCACCCUGAAGGAGCUGAAUCUGAGUAAGAACAGGAUUCAGGAUUCAGGAGUGAAGCUGCUCUCUGAGGAACUGAAGAAUAAACUCUGUAAACUGGAGACUCUGAGUCUCAGUGAGUGUAACCUGACAGAGAGAAGCUGCUCGAUUUUACACACAGUUCUCAGCUCAGAAUCCUCCAAGCUGACUGAGGUGGAUCUGAGCAGUAAUCCUCUGGAGGACUCCGGAGUGAAGCUGCUUUGUGCUGGACUGAAGAGUCCAAACUGUGAACUGGAGACACUCAGACUUUCAGACUGCAGUAUAAGAGAGGAAGGAUACACUGCUCUGGCUGAAGCUCUGGAAUCAUCUCACCUGAUAGAGCUGGAUCUCAGAGGGAACGACCCUGGAGCAUCAGGAGUGAAGCUGCUCACUGAUAUAUUACAGGAUCAAAAACAGAAAACACUGAGGCUGUUAAAAAGUCCUGAUGCAGUGAAGGCCUGUGAUUCUCUGACUGAGGUUCUGGGUAAAAACCCCUUACUGCAGAGAGAACUGGAUCUGAGUGGAAAAAUAAAAGGAGACUCAGGAGUGAAGCAGCUCUCUGCUCUACUGAAGGAUCCACACUGCAGAACUGAGACACUGAUGCUAAAGGACUGUAGUAUUACAGAAGAAGGCUGUUCUGCUUUGACUUCAUCUUUUCAUUCAAAUCCUGCACACAUAAGAGAGAUGGAUCUGAGUGAGAAUAAAUUUGGAAACUCUGGAGUGCAGAAGCUUUGUGCACUGCUGCAACAUCAGUCCUGUAACCUGCAGAUACUGAGACUUUCAGACUGCAGUAUAACAGAGGAAGGAUACACUGCUCUGGCUGAAGCUCUGAAAUCAUCUCACCUGAUAGAGCUGGAUCUCAGAGGGAACGACCCUGGAGCAUCAGGAGUGAAGCUGCUCACUGAUUUACUACAGGAUCCAGACUGUACACUGAACACACUGAGAUUGUUGAAAAGUCCUGAAGCAGAAGAAGCUUUUAAACAUCUGAAUAAAGUUCUAGAUACAAACCCUUUAUUACAGACAGAUCUGAAUCUGAGUGGAAAAAUAAAAGGAGACUCAGGAGUGAAGCAGCUCUCUGUUCUACUGAAGGAUUCACACUGCAGAGCUGAGACACUGAUGCUUAUUAAAUGUGGUCUAAUGAUGGAAAGCUGUAUAACUCUGGCAGAAGUUCUCAGUUCUCCGCUCUGUUUUCUAACUGAGUUGGACCUGAGUGAAAACAGCCUACAGAAUUCAGGUGUGAUGGAAUUAUCUAAAGGACUCAAGAAUCCAUGCUGUAAUCUGAAGAUAUUAAGACUUUCAGACUGCAGUAUAAGAGAGGAAGGAUACACUGCUCUGUCUGAAGCUCUGAGAUUGAACCCCUCAUCAUACCUGAUAGAGCUGGAUCUCAGAGGGAACGACCCUGGAGCAUCAGGAGUGAAAAAGCUUGAUGAUAUCCAAAAUAAUCCAAAUUACAAACUGAAGACACUUAGGUUGUUGAAAAGCUCUGCUGCACAGGAGGCCUGUGAUUGGCUAAAUUCAGUUGUAGAUGAAAACCCUUUAUUCCUAAAAGAGCUGGAUCUGAGCAGGAAGGAAACAGGAGACUCAGGAGUGGAGAAGCUCUCGGCUCUGAUGGAAGACUCACACUGUAAAUUUCAGAAAAUUAAACUUUCAGACUGCAGUAUAACAGAGGAAGGAUACACUGCUCUGGCUGAAGCUCUGAAAUCAUCUCACCUGAUAGAGCUGGAUCUCAGAGGGAACGACCCUGGAGCAUCAGGAGUGAAGCUGCUCACUGAUUUACUACAGGAUCCAGACUGUACACUGAACACACUGAGGUUGUUGAAAAGUUCUGCUGCACAGGAAGGCUGUGAUUUACUUUCUAGAGUUCUGGGAGUGAACCCCUUACUGCAGAGAGAACUCAAUGUGAGUGAGAAAAUAUCUGGAGACUCCCAGGUGAAGCAGCUCUCUGCUCUACUGGAGGAUUCACACUGCAGACCAGAGAUACUCAAGGUAAAUAACAGCAGGAUGACAAAUGAAGGUUGUGCUGCUCUGGGAUCAGCUCUGGGUUUAAACCCCUCACACCUGAGAGAACUGGAGCUGAGUGGGAAUAAACUGGGAGGAUCAGGAAUGAAGGAGCUCUGUGGUGUGCUGAAGAAUCAACAAUUCAAACUGCUGAAACUGGGGUUGUGUAAGUGCAGUCUCUCUGAAGAUGACUGUACUGCUGUUGUAUCAGCUCUGAGAACAAACCCCUCACACCUCAAGGAGCUGGACCUGAGUCACAAUACAAUUGGAGACACAGGAAUGAAGCAGAUCUCUGAUCUACUGCAGAACUCAAACUGCACUCUGGAGACACUGAGACUAAAUAACUGUAGUCUCACACAAACACAAUGUGGUGAUCUGGCUAAAACUCUGGAAUCAAACUCCUCAUCAUCUCUGAAAGAGCUGGAUCUCAGAGGAAACUACAGGAUGUCAGGAUGGAACAUUUUUAGAUAUUUUCUUGGGAAUUCAAACUAUAAAUUGUUUAUGAGAAUUUUGAGUCCUGAAGCAGAAGAGGUCUGUGAUUAUCUGACUAAGGUUCUGGGUACAAACCCCUUACUGCAGAGAGAACUGGAUCUGAGUGGGAAAAUAUCUGGAGACUCAGGAGUGAAGCAGCUCUCUGUUCUACUGAAGGAUCCACAGUGUAGAACUGAGAAACUCAGGCUGAAUAAGAGCAGUAUUACAGACAGAGGCUGUACUGAUCUGAUAUCAGCUCUUACUUCAAACCCUUCACACCUGACAGAACUGGACCUGAGUGAGAACACACUGGGAAAUUCAGGAGCGAUUCAGAUCUCUACUCUACUAAAGAAUUCAUCCUGUAAACUCCAGAAGCUCAUACUUUCAGACUGUAAUAUAACAGAGAAAGGAUACACUGCUCUGGUUAAAGCUCUGAACUCAAUCCACUCAUCACUGACAGAGCUGGACCUCAGAGGGAACAAUCCUGGAGCAUCUGGAAUGAUGAAGCUUAGGAAUUUAAUGAAUGAUAGAAGAUGUAAACUGAAGACACUGAGGGUGUUGAAAAGUCCUGAUGCACAGAAAGCUUCUGAUCAUCUGACUGAAGUUCUGGGUAUAAACCCGAUACUGCAGACGGAUCUGAAUCUGAGUGAGAAAAUAAAAGGAGACUCAGGAGUAGAGCAGCUCUCUGUUUUACUGAAGGAUCUACUGAAGGAUCCACACUGCAGACCUGAAACACUUCAGCUCAGUGAGUGUAAUCUGACAGAGAAAGGAUGUUCAGCUCUGCUCACAGCUCUCAGAUCAGAACACUCCACCCUGAAGGAGCUGAAUCUGAGUAAGAACAGGAUUCAGGAUUCAGGAGUGAAGCUGCUCUCUGAGGAACUGAAGAAUAAACUCUGUAAACUGGAGACUCUGAGGUUGUGUAAGUGCAGUCUCUCUGAAGAUGACUGUACUGCUGUUGUAUCAGCUCUGAGAACAAACCCCUCACACCUCAAGGAGCUGGACCUGAGUCACAAUACAAUUGGAGACACAGGAAUGAAGCAGAUCUCUGAUCUACUGCAGAACUCAAACUGCACUCUGGAGACACUGAGACUAAAUAACUGUAGUCUCACACAAACACAAUGUGGUGAUCUGGCUAAAACUCUGGAAUCAAACUCCUCAUCAUCUCUGAAAGAGCUGGAUCUCAGAGGAAACUCCAGGAUGUCAGGAUGGAAUAUUUUUAGAUAUUUUCUUGGGAAUUCAAACUAUAAAUUGUUUAUAAGAAUUUUGAGUCCUGAAGCAGAAGAGGCCUGUGAUUAUCUGACUAAAGUUCUGGGUACAAACCCCUUACUGCAGAGAGAACUGGAUCUGAGUGGGAAAAUAUCUGGAGACUCAGGAGUGAAGCAGCUCUCUGUUCUACUGAAGGAUCCACAGUGUAGACCUGAGAAACUCAGGCUGAAUAAGAGCAGUAUUACACACAGAGGCUGUACUGAUCUGAUAUCAGCUAUUACUUCAAACCCUUCACACCUGACAGAACUGGACCUGAGUGAGAACACACUGGGAAAUUCAGGAGCGAUUCAGAUCUCUACUCUACUAAAGAAUUCAUCCUGUAAACUCCAGAAGCUCAUACUUUCAGACUGUAAUAUAACAGAGAAAGGAUACACUGCUCUGUUUAAAGCUCUGAAGUCAAACCACUCAUCACUGACAGAGCUGGACCUCAGAGGGAACGACCCUGGAGCAUCUGGACUGAUGGAGCUUAGGAAUUUAAUGAAUGAUAGAAGAUGUAAACUGAAGACACUGAGGGUGUUGAAAAGUCCUGAUGCACAGAAAGCUUCUGAUCAUCUGACUGAAGUUCUGGGUAUAAACCCGAUACUGCAGACGGAUCUGAAUCUGAGUGGGAAAAUAAAAGGAGACUCAGGAGUAGAGCAGCUCUCUGUUUUACUGAAGGAUCUACUGAAGGAUCCACACUGCAGACCUGAAACACUUCAGCUCAGUGAGUGUAAUCUGACAGAGAAAGGAUGUUCAGCUCUGCUCACAGCUCUCAGAUCAGAACACUCCACCCUGAAGGAGCUGAAUCUGAGUAAGAACAGGAUUCAGGAUUCAGGAGUGAAGCUGCUCUCUGAGGAACUGAAGAAUAAACUCUGUAAACUGGAGACUCUGAGUCUAAUGGACAAUAAUAUCAGAGAGGAAGGAUACACUGCUCUGGCUGAAGCUCUGAAAUCAUCUCACCUGAUAGAGCUGGAUCUCAGAGGGAACGACCCUGGAGCAUCAGGAGUGAAGCUGCUCACUGAUUUACUACAGGAUCCAGACUGUAAACUGAAGACACUGAGGUUGUGGAAAAGUCCUGAUGCAGAGGAAGCCUACACGUGUCUUACUAAAAUGUUCAGUAAAAACCCCUUACUGCACACGGAGCUGGAUCUGAACAACAAAACACCAAGAGACGUGAAAGUGAAGCAGCUUUCAGCUCUGCUGCAGGAUCCACAUUACAGACUGCAGAAACUUAGGUUGUAUAAAGGAGACAGUAUGACAGAUGAAGACUGUUCACAUGUGAUUUCUGCUCUGGUUUUAAACCCUUCACACCUGAGAGAUCUGAAUCUGAACAGGAAUAAACCAGGAGAGUCUGGACUGAGAAAUCUGUGUGAUUUCCUGAAGAAUCCUGAAUGUAAACUGCAGACACUAAAGUGAGAA